CUUGGAACGUUGAGCUCCCGAGCGUUCCAUCGGCGAUUGUUUCUCCCCCUUUCCGCCCGCGUUCCGAGCUCCGCGCGCGCGGAGGAGGGAGGAGGAGUCGAAGCCCCCCCGAAAAGGAGAGAGGGCAUGUCCGAACCGCGCCGCCGCCGCCGCCGCUUCCCCCGACGGACAUAAACAAUAAAAGUCGCCGGCGGCGAAGGAAAGCAGGACUCGCUCCGGGGAGGAGGAGGAGGAGGGGGGGCGCAGCGCCCUUCUUUUUUUCUCUCCCCCCCCCCGCUUUCCCGGAGAGGAAAGGGCGCGGGAGGCAUCGGCGGAGAGGCAGAGAAAGGGAGGCUCCCGUUUCCCGCAUGGAGGGUCUGUGCUCGCUGGGGGUGAGCCUCUUCUCGGACCAAGGGGGCAGGAAAUACAUGGAGGACGUGACCCAGAUCCUGGUGGAGCCCGAGCCCGAGGAGAGCGGCCGAGGAGGCGCCGGGGCGGCCGGGCCGGCGUCGGCGUCGGCAUCGGAGGAGCGGCCGCCCCCCGGUCUCCCCUCGCCCGCGCCGGGCUGCGGCCGCUCGGUGGCCUUCUUCGCCGUGUGCGACGGCCACGGCGGGCGGGAGGCGGCCCACUUCGCCCGCGAGCACCUCUGGGCGUUCAUCAAGAAGCAGAAGGGCUUCCGCUCGCCCGAGCCGGCCGCCGUGUGCGCGGCGCUGCGCAAGGGCUUCCUCGCCUGCCACCGCGCCAUGUGGAAGAAGCUGCCCGAGUGGCCAAAGACUAUGACCGGCCUCCCGAGCACGUCGGGGACGACCGCCAGCGUGGUCAUAAUCCGGGGCUCCAAGAUGUACGUGGCUCACGUGGGCGACUCGGGUGUGGUGCUUGGAGUCCAAGAUGACCCCAAAGACGACUUUGUCCGGGCCGUGGAGGUGACGCAGGACCACAAACCCGAACUCCCGAAGGAGAGGCAACGCAUUGAAGGCCUUGGGGGCAGUGUGAUCAAUAAGUCUGGCGUGAACCGAGUUGUGUGGAAACGGCCUCGCCUGACCCAUAACGGCCCCGUGCGGCGAAGCACCGUUAUUGAUCAGAUCCCGUUCUUAGCAGUGGCUCGUGCCCUCGGUGACCUGUGGAGCUACGACUUCUACAGCGGCGAGUUCGUCGUGUCUCCCGAGCCGGACACAAGCGUACACACGCUAGAUCCUCAGAAGCACAAAUAUAUAAUCCUGGGCAGCGAUGGUCUCUGGAACAUGAUCCCACCCCAAGAAGCCAUUUCCAUGUGCCAGGACCAUGAAGAUAAAAAGUAUUUUAUGGGAGAGCACCAACAGUCUUUGGCCAAAAUGCUGGUGAACAGAGCUCUGGGCCGGUGGAGGCAGCGCAUGCUUCGGGCUGAUAAUACCAGCGCCAUCGUCAUCAGCAUCUCUUCGGGACGGAGCAGCCGGAGUAGCCUGGACAGCGAGGAGGAGCUGUGCUUCAACCUGGCGGAGGGCCCGGCUUACAGCAGCCCCGAAAUGUGGACGAUGACGCCUUCGCGCUGCUCCACUCCGCCGGUCAAGGUUUUCGAAGAGGACUUGUGGCCACGACUGAGCUCCCCCGAGACCGUCCCUUUACUCACGCGUAGCCACGCCGCGUUGUGCAAAAUGUCCGAGCAGCUCGGCGGCGAGUUCUCCAAGGGCAGCACCCCGGUGGCGUCCCCCAGGGGCGCCGCCCCGCCGGAGGAGAAGUGCAGCAGAGCAUUAGGGCUGAGGGCCCGCGAUUCGUGCAACCGGAGCCCGCCGGGCGCCCUCUUGCCUUCCAACUCUGGGAACACGGGCGGGGACCCCAAGGCCUCGAAGACGUCUCCGAGCGACCCGUCGAAAGCGCAGGAGCCGGACAGGACUCCUGCAACGGCGAGCUGCAAAAGGACAUUGGAAGAGUCCAAUUCUGGGCCAGUCGUUAAGAAGCCCCGUCGGGGGCCGACGCGGAACGUCGGAGCCCAGCCCGAAAGCCUGCCUUCCACACCCCAGCACAAAAACUCCAGUAAGCUGGCUAUGCGCCGUAGCCUACGUGGACAGAAGCAACUGGGGAACCCAUUAUUCCACCAGCCCAGGAAAGCCCUGUGUGUUUGCUGAACUGAAAAGUAGCUGGAACAACACCGUUGAUUCCCAUCCAGUUCAAAGUUAUAAAGUCUCGUUGCAGAUUAUUUGAACCUGCGUUCCCCCCACCCACCCCCAACUCUACCCCCUGUUCACGGUUUUAUUUUAUUUUUUAAUUUUUAAAACCAAUGUAGAAAACUUUUUUUCUAAAUGGUAUUUGAACAGCUUUAUCUCAACCUUGUUACUCGCUUGUAAUAUAACUGUGAAUUUUGUAGACGUUCUUAGGAUGACAAAGAGUUUUCUGUAAAGAAUGUGUGUAAAUUUAUAUCCCUUCAUACAAAUGUAGUCUCUGCACCUAACUUUUCUCUGGCAUAAUUGUUACGACAGGGCUAAAAACACACAACUCCCCUUUUGGUUUUUAGAUUGGGGGGGGCAUGGUAGGGGGAGGUAAUUGAUUUAGUACAAAGUGAUGAAUUUGUAUAAACCUCCCGUGAUGACCUCGCAACUUUUUAAUGAAAGUAAAUUAUUAAACAGAAUGGAAGAUAUGUAUUUUCGUAGUACUUAAUGCGUUCUGCCUGGAGUGUGCCCUAUUAGAAAAUAUAAUACUAGAUCUAUUUUCUUUCUUAAGUUUUAGAUUUCUCUAUUCAGAAAUGAAAUGUACACAGAAGAGAUGUUGAGUCCUCACAUCGCUCAAUGCUAGUUUCUGUGUUUUAUUAAAAAUACUAUGCAGUACUUAUCUUGGCUGUAUUUUUUUUUUGGUAAGAUGAAGGGCCAAUAUUUUAGCUCAGAAAAAAACAAAAAGAGAUUUCUUCUACCAGUUCUUGGGAGCUGGUUUUUUUUUUUUUUUAGGUUUUCUUUUAGUGACAUAUUUGGAAAUAGUACACAUUCCUUUAUACAAGCAUGAGAUAUUUUACUAUUCCAACAAUGAAUGGUGCUCUUGAUGGUGAGCUUUCCACCACAGGAUCUUAAGUUAUUGGGAUGGUUUUCUAGUUUUCUUUGCAUAUGUGGACCAUGUAUACUUAUAAUGAAAUAAAACUAGCAAAAAACCUG